AUGGCUGAUAGUGAUAGUGCAUUGAAUGCUUCUAUGGCGUGUCGGUCGGGAAGCGUCGAUUUUCUGACAGAGGGGCUGAAAUCGCUUCACCUCUCCCGACACCACCUUCAAUCAUCUGCAGGAUCGAAUGAUUCGAAGACGUCGCGAAUCGAGAACAGGCAGACCCGCAGCAUAGUGCCCGAAUUCUGUUCGUUCGGCCAGGAUUUGCAAAAAUUCGAAGCCCAAGACCAACUUUUCAAGACUUUGAUGUCAGAGACCGUCAGAAAUGCACUUAUCAACCAAGAUCCGUGCUCGAUUCCAGAUGAACUACGCGAUGAACUGGUGCGCCAGAAGCGAAAGGAAGACGCCUUCAAGACGGCCCUCUGCGACGCUUUCCGUCGCACUCAAAUGUGCUCGUACGGGGAGCACUGCAGAUUUGCUCAUGGAGUACAUGAGCUCCGACUUCCACAGAAUGUAAGUGAACACGGUGGAGUUGUUGAAAGCGGUUUUGUUUGUUUUUUUUUGCAGCCGCGAGGACGCAAUCAUCCUAAGUACAAGACAGUUCUGUGCGACAAAUUCUCAAAAACCGGGGUGUGCAAAUACGGCCCGAGGUAUUUGCUGUCUAUCACAACUUCACAAUUGCAAUUCGUUUUUCAGAUGCCAAUUCAUACACAAAAUUGAUCCUUCACUGCUGGCACGAGCAAAUGAGAUGCUGAAUUCUUCAUUCGCCGCAUUCAACCAGUCGUUGUUCAUGCCACCCGCUUCUGCCGACUUCAGAAUGGACCUCAACCAGAGUCUACCGAUCCGCCGUUCCGACUACACUCGCGUCUACUCUCGCUCGACACGAAUGCAAUCAUCUGAUGCGGUCCCAACACGCACCCUCCAGUCUCAGCUCACUCGUCACGUGCAUUUCUAG